AACAAAACAACAAAGAAGAAGAAGAAGCAGGAAGAAGCAGGAAGAAGGUGACGCAGGGUCAUGAAUUCACGAGAAGAGAACAAACCUUGCUUCAACGUGUCAGCUGAGAUAUUCUAACUGUAUUCACAUGUCGUCACUCUCUCUGAGGAGUUCAUGUUGGUGUUAGGUUUUGUCACGAGCAGCUGUUCGCUCAGCAUGGCCUCAGCUCCUCUCUGCAGCAGAGCUGAGCUCCCCUCUCCUGCAGCACAGGUAUCCAGCAUGUUGGACUCUGCUGCAGAUCUGAUGAUAAUGCACAAAGAUUUUAAGGCAGCUUUCGACACCUGCGACAGAGGACUGAGGAGUCUCUCCAACACGGAGCACGAGGACAGCAGAACUGGAGAUCUGAAGGCUGGGUUCUGUAUUUUGGGGAUUCAGGCUCUGGCUGAGCUGAAUCAGUGGCAGAGGGUGUUCUCCUGGAUCCUGCUGCAGUAUCAGGACCAGGUCAAGAUACCUGCCAAGAUCCUGCAGAUGUGCAUACUUCUGUACUCUAAGGUCGGGGAGCCGGUGGUGAUGCAGGAGGCAGCCAGAGUUUGGUUACGCUGCCCGUCCAACAGUGGAGCGAGCGGCUUCGGGACGGUGGCGGAGCUGUACCUGCUGCACGUCCUCGUGCCUCUGGGACACAAAGACGAGGCUCUGGAGCUGAUCAAGGGGGAUGUUGGAAGCGUAGCCUUCACAGAGGACCAGAGACAGGCGGCGCUCGAGGUCUUAAAAGAAAAGGAGACACCGAGGGAAGAGCCGCCUGAAAGUCCCAGAUCCAGUCCUGAGCCUGAUGCGUCUGCAGCUGCUGCCUCCACUCAAGGAUCCAUGCUCCGUAAACUUGAAGCCAUGUUCAGGUGUUUGUACAGGAAGGUGUUUGCGAGCUGCUCCGGCUCCUUCUCUCUGCGGAGACUCUUCCUGGCCGCCGUUCUCCUCUACAUGCUUCUCCUGCGUCUGGAUCCAGCUCUCCCGUCCUCCUUCAUGUGGAUCUCCAAACUUCACCAGCUCCUCAGACAGAUGUGGACCGUCAUGUUUGCACCGUACUACAAAGCUGUGACUCAGAGCAAAAGACUCUGAGAGACUGAACGAUCCUUUCUUUUCUUUUUUAACUCUGUGAGAGAAACCCCAGUGAGAGUUUGUUUACAGCUGGAUAUCUUCUUGCCUUUUGUUCCUUAAACUCACGUUCCCAGCAGUGUUUGCUGAUUCCUAUUGAAGAUACCAGCAGACGUUUGAAGCCUCCACGCUUCUCUACAGAUGUUUGAUUAAGUGAACUUUAAUUAUUAGAGGGAAGACUACACUACAGAUAACAAACUGACAAAAACUCAGCAUCAGAAAGACUAACACGAACAAACGCAGAAUGCCGCGCUGAGCAGGAGACGUGUUGCACAGAGCGUUGAACACUCAGGUUGUUGAACACUCAGGUUGUUGAAACAGCCAUGGGUGUGGGAAGUAAGGGUGCGGCUGUUGCUGCAGCUGGUCUGGAUGCAUAAUAAGUAGGCUUUAAUUAAUUAAUUAAUUAAGACGAUAAAAGUUUAUUUUUAUUACUUUAAUUUUACUUUUCUUUAAAGGACUUGCACACUUGCAGGACUUGUUAGGGACUCGACCUCAGGGUGCUAAGCCACAUUUUGAGUUAUUUAAGUGAAGCCCCGACAGUUUGAGGGAAAGAAUGUAGUUUAUUAUUCGCCGGCACCAAGUUUUUGAAGAUCACAGUGAAGUUGUAUUUUCAUUCUGAUACUUAAGCUGCAAAAUGUAUUAAGCUUUAUUGUGUAGCGCUGUACAUGCUCAGUUUGCAGGUUAAAUAAUACGUACGUAUUCCGGUGUUGUUGUUGGUGCAGGACGCACAGGCCUGUCCAGCUUUAGGGUAUUUUAUUUUUGUCUGCUAUGCCAUGCUGUCUAGAGUAGAAGCUAAAUCUGCAUUUGUUUUGCCUUUGCUGAUUAAUGGGAUUCAUGUGAAUGUACCUGAUGCCUUGGCCGUGUGUCAAGUUCAAUGCGCGCUGCAGCCAUUUGGCCCCGUUUCCUCCAUAGACUGUAUGAAUUAUGGACGUAUUAUCCCGGUGUUCACCAAUCUGUUUCUGAAGCGCUGUUUUGAGGCCAAUCGGCGGUGGCAGCCAUAUUGGAAAUGCUGUCGAGCAAGUGUGACGUAAAGAGGCGGGCUUUGAGCCUCCCAGCCAACAGCUACAGUGUUCCCGCCUGUCAAUCAAGUCAGCUGUGCCUCUCAUAAUGGAUAAUUCGUAAUCUUAACAUCUUUGAAAUUGCAGUGUUAUGAAAAAAUUCACCCCCCGUACAGUGUGUGCCGAUCGAGAAAUGAGCUAUCCAGACUACACUCGUCUUUUGUACCAGGCUGUAAACAUGUUUAUUUCUGCUGUAAAGAUCGUCUUUUGUGAAUUGGUGUGUAUGUGGUUUCCGGUACUUCCGGAGCAGGCCUCUAGUGGACACUCGAUGAACUGCAGUUUUUAACACUUCCGCAUUGGCUUCAACAGGUUAGGCUUGUGCCCCUUACUGUACAACUGGAUCUGGGAGUUGCAAAUCAGGCAUUUGAGACAUUUCAUAGCAGCCUAUGUUAUAUUAGAAUGUGAAUUUGUAAUGAAAAAUAACAUGCAUAUGCACUACAGCAUUUCAGUUGCAUACGCAGAUGCAAAAAGAAACAAAUAAGCGCCUCUAACUACAGCACCCUAAACUUAAAACCACUUCCCACAAAUGAUGAAACUAGGAUGAGGGAGUGUGGCACUCACAGGGAGGAGCUUAAAGUGUGACAAUGACUUCCUGUGGUGCAGAGAGUAACAGAUGAGCUCUGUAUAUCCGGCUCCUCCCAUGCCAUCUCUGACCCUGUGGAUCAGUGUGCUGGUGUGUGUAUAAACCUUUAAUUAUGUAAAAUAUAUCUAUGUUAGUUUAUAUUUUACUCUCUGUUGAUAAUGUGAUUUAAUUAUGUAAAUGUAUGCUUUCUGUGUCAGCUUUCAGAGAAGUCCUGUCUCACCUGAACAUAUGAUUUCAUUCAGUUUCUCUUAAUGUGGGGAGUAGUGUGAAAUGUGGGGAGUAGAGAGCGGGGGAAGACAUGCAGCAAAUGGUAGAAGUCGGGAGUCAAACCUGAGACCACUGCGACGAGGACUAUAGCCUCUGUACAUGGGGCGCAUGCUCAGACUGCCAGGCCAGUGGCGCCCAAAUGUGUCAAAUGUAAAUUUUAAUAAAUAAACUGAACUAAACCUGU